AUGAUGACCACUAGACGAAGUCGUCAAGUCGCUGCCUCUUUUGCAGCUGGACUCUCUCACAGCCAUCACAGCGGAAAUCAGCGAUAUUCAGAUCGAUUCGUUCCUAUCUCCCGACAAGCCGAUUCUCCAAAUCCCCUACCAGCACAGCAAUUCGAAAAAGCCGAUCACCCUCAGCCUCGUAUUCGAUCAGAUGCAGAACCACCGUUUGCCAUCGUAUUGAACGUUCUCGCUGCGCUAUUGGAUAGAAGCGUGCUGCUCUUCGAUCUUUCGCUUCCCUACAUGUGGGUCGAUGUAACCGACAAGCAUCUCACAUCGCUUCUCUCGUCCUUCUCUUCUCUCCUCGCCCUCUCGUCUCUCUAUCGUCAUCGCCCUGCGAUGUCUCCUCCUUCUCUCGCAGUGUCCACCCGCUCUCCCCCUCCUCCCUAUCUUUUCAUCGGCUAUUGUCGCAUCCACCCCAUCUACUUCCUCCUCUCCAUCGAGCUGAACACGUUCGUCUCGCUGUCCUUCCAGCGAACGCCGCUUCGUUUCCGCGUCCACCCGCUCACCCAAGCCACCGGCCGAAUCGAAGACUUCCUUCGACAGAUCGUCAACGGGCUGCUUCCCUCGGUGCUGCUGCAGUCGCCCUCCUUCGUGGGCGCGCUGGAUCUCAUCGGAAACCCCGCCAAUCUCGUCAUUUCGCUGUAUAACAGCAUCGUGAACGUGGUUCGGAACCCGCUCUCCGCCCUCCGCAGCGGCGAAGGAAUCAUCGCAGCGCUCGAGCAGGCCACGUCUUCUUCGCUCUCCCUCCUGCAGACGCUCAUCAGCAGCACGCUCUCGAGCGUCUCGUCGAUCAGCGGCAGUCUGAGUCGCAACAUUCAGCGUCUCAACGACGACGACGAAUCGUUCUCUCUCUCUUCGCUUCUCUCCUCUGGCUUCGGCGUGAUCUCCUCCACCACCCAAUCCAUCGUGCGAUCCACCGCCGCGUCCGAACACGUCCAGCUCGUCCGGCCUUCUCGCAGCAACCGCGCCAGCGUGUACAUGCAGCUGCUCUACCAGUGGAAGCUGAUCGAUCCGGGCGAGAGCCUGGCGCUGCGCGUGACCUGCGCCGUGGACGUCGUGAACCUCAGCAGCAGCUGGGUGAACUACAGCGAGCUGCGGAACGUUCUGUUCCUGGCGAGCAAUGUGGAAAUGGCGGAGAGAAGUGACGUGUAG